AUGACGUACACGGAGCGGCGUGAGGCAGAGCUGAUGGGCGCUGGUGGGGCCGACGGCACAGGGUUUCAGGACUCCAAGCAGGUCCUUCAGGCUGCGGUGAACAUGCAGAAGGACGCGUUGCUAUCACUCGAGCGGGCGGAGCGACUGCAGCACGUGGCGGAGGAAGGUGGACAAGAGACACUCACAACGUUGCAGCGCCAGACAGAACAGAUGUACCAAGUUGACGAGCAACUCGCGAACCUGCAGGGGGAGCUGGACCGUGCGGCACGUGACGUGAAGUGGUUCUACCGGCAGCUGGCAGGUGACCGGUGCUUCUUGUCGCUUUUUGGCAUAUGUGUGGUGUCGCUGGCGGUGUUGGUGUUCGUGAUGAUGUACAAGAAACGGCACAGGUAA